CAAACAAAACCAAAGACUUUUAGGUUUAAAAGCUCCCACGCCAAGACAAACAACUGAACCAAGGUACUUAGAUCAAGGAACUCAAGUUUCGAACCAAAUGGGUUUCACCAUGGGCUUGAAUUUGGUUCUUCUUCUAGCCAUGGUGGCUACCAACAUCCUUUCUCUCUACCAUCUCUCCUCCACCACGCUCCUCUCUCCAAAACCCCCUACUCCUCAGCAAGUCCCUGACCAUCUUCUUCAUCAACUCCAAACCAUACGGGCCACUAUUAACCACCUCACGCGCCACCAACCUCCUCCCACUACCACCACCACCUCAACCUCCGCCUCCACCAUUCCCCAAGAUCUCCUUGUCUACUCUCGCCUCUCACCCAUUGCCUCUUCUUGUCACAAUCACCCUGACCUUCUUCACCGGUACAUGAGCUACACUCCCUUCACUUUGUGCCCGCUUGACACUCAGCUUCAAGAGACUCUUCUUCUUCACGGCUGCCAUCCGCUGCCUCGCCGCCGGUGUUUCUCGAGGACCCCACCUAAACCCUCCUCUGCUUUGUCGCUAAACCCUUUUGGUUCUCUUCUUGACUCUAAUGUUAUAUGGACUGAUUACAACUGUAAAAGCUUCUCUUGUCUUGCGAAACAGAAUCCCAAUCUUGGGUUUGAUCCCACUAGUGAAAAAGUCUCAUCUUUUUUAAAUUUCAAGACUGAACUGGAUCUCCCAGUUCCACAGUUGUUUCAGAUAGCUAAAGCUGCAAAUUUUGUUAUAAGACUUGGGGUUGAUGUGGGUGGUGCUACUGGUUCUUUUGCAGCAAGAAUGAAGCUUUAUAAUGUGACUGUGCUUACUACAACUAUGAAUCUUGGUGCACCUUAUAGUGAGGCAGUGGCUUUAAGAGGGCUUGUGCCACUGCAUGUGCCGUUGCAGCAACGGUUGCCGGUUUUUGAUGGUGUGGUGGAUCUUGUGAGAUGUGGGCACGCGGUGAAUAGGUGGAUACCUGUGACAAUGAUGGAGUUUUUGUUUUAUGAUGUUGAUAGAGUGUUGAGGGCUGGAGGUUACUUGUGGUUUGAUCGGUUUUUUAGUAAAGGGUUGGAUCUUGAGAAGGUUUAUGGACCGUUGAUUGGGAAAUUCGGAUACAAGAAGGUGAAGUGGGCAACUGCUACUAAGAAUGCCAAAACUGGGGAUGUUUACUUGACUGCUCUUUUGCAAAAGCCUAUUUCAAAAUGACAAUCAAGCAUUGGAAUU